AUGACGGCCAUCGAGAGCAAAGAGGAGAUCAGUGACACAGACAGCGGCAUCAUUGUGCACUCAGGCCCCGACAGCCCCACUUCUCCUCUGAACGAUGGGAUGACGCACACACGAGCGCUGAAACUCAAACACCAGGCUCUGGAGGAGCGGCUGGAGCUGUGUCUGCUGGAGCUCCGCAAUCUGUGCAUCAGAGAAGCAGAGCUGACUGGUAAACUGCCCUGUGACUAUCCCCUAUCGCCUGAAGAGAAGCCUCCUCGAGUACGAAGGAGGAUUGGAGCUUCUUUUAAACUGGAUGAAGACCUCAUUCUCACCAGUAAAAAAGAGAACUCUGAGCUCCAUGCCCUGGAGACUGGACUGGCUUUGCAGCGUCAGAUUUAUGAGGCGGCUCGUAAACUUUCCAUGGAGGACAACCUGAGCAAGCCGCAGAAGAAGAGUCGUGCGCAGCAGUGUAAACGAGAGGAAAAGAAAGUGAAGGAUCUGCAGGAGGCCUUGUUCCAGCAAAGGGUGAAGAGCGAGUGCAGCUCCCCCAGAAUCAUCUCCUCCAACAAGCACCGAGAUCUGAACAUGUCCGAUGAUAGCUCCCUUUCUGAUGUUGUGGCCUUGGAUGAAGAUGUGGACUCGCCCUGCCCACUGUCCCCUCCAGCUAUGGGACAUCCUUUCACAGACCCUUUCCAUCUGCCCCCCAAACCUCUUGAGUCCAGCGAGUGCACCCCCAUCCAGAGCGCCCCCUGGAGGGAGUCCAGCUUGGACCAUCCCAUUAAGAAGAACUCUAAACUGCAGGACAAUAGUGGCAGCAGGACCAGUAGUCCGGCUCAUGGCUCCUCCGAGAGCAGAGCUCCUCCUUCUCCUUUCACAAAGAGCUCGUCUCUGAGGUAUAACCACUCCACCAGCGCCCCCUCCACUCCGGAGCUGCAUGCGCGGCGCCAGUACUCCUCCUUCAGGGUUCCAAAGAGCAAACCCCUCAGUGUGGACAACAGCCACAAAGCCCGCAGCAGACUCCCCCAGCGUCGGCCCGAGUUCAUACUUCGCUCCCCUCAGUACUCCCCCCUCCGCGUCUCCCAGUCCAGCUCUGAGGACACCAGCUCCGAGCACUCCUCCACCUCCUCCACCUACAUCAGCUCUCCGGGACAAAACGAGCCCACGGAGAUACCCAAACUCUGCCCACCUCCCUACGGAUUCCACUACGGAGCCAAGAAAGCGGUCUCCAGCCCAUCUCCGAACAACAAGACUCAGAAGAGAAAUCAAAAGCAGCACGUGUCGGACUGUCCACUUUCUCCUCAAGACAAUGGGGCCAGUAAGCGCUUCCUGUCGCCUCAGCCAAGUCUUCACAGGCAAAACCAGGAGCCGCCUCUGUCUCCGAGGAAGAGCCUCAAGCCUCCUCCUCCGUACAGACUGGUGAGGACGCCGUCGCUGAAGGAGUACCCCAACCACGCCUUCAGACUGCUGCCCCGAGAUAUUGUGUCCGAGGAGCUGAAGUCUUGGCACCAGCGCAACCAGGCGAGGCCGAGCGGAGAGGAGGGCGUCACCAGUCCCACAUCGCCAUACAUGCCUCCGUUUACUCCGGGCUCUGGGAACCUGGUCCUGCAGAGAGCCAAUGACGGGACCCCGCUGCAGUGGUUUGUGGCUCAAGACUCUGAGAUCAUCAGCCAAGUUUAA